AUGGAAUCUCGACGAGAAGAGAUUAUCGAUGCCGAUGCCGCCACUUGCGACUGGAUCCUGAAUGAAGGCUUCUCGGAUGAUGAGAUGUCAUCUGAGUACUCAUUCUCGGAGAGCGCGCCACAUAAUCUGAAUUUGCUUCUAUUUGAGACGAAGGAUGGACGGACAGUGGCUCGGAAAAAGUUCAUCUCCUGGUUGAGGACUGGUAGCGACGUCUUACACAUCUCGGGCAAAGCUGGAUCGGGAAAGUCCACGCUCAUGAAAUACAUCGGCGGACACAAAAGGACCAAACAGGAACUUGAGGACUGGGCUGGCGAUAAGAAACUCAUAUUUGGCCAGUUCUACUUCUGGAUAUCUGGCAGUCCGUCACAGCGGACACUUCCCGGCCUCUACAGGUCGUUACUCUUUCAGGCCUUGAGUCAGUGCCCGGACUUCAUUGGGACCGUUUUCCCAAGCGAUCGGUCCGUGGAAAAAGUCGAGGGCUUCCGUGAUAAUCAGAUCCGGGACGCAUUCGAACUUCUCUUACAGCAGACGCAAUUUGAAGGUUACAGGCUGUGUUUCCUCAUCGACGGGCUGGAUGAGUUUGAGGGAAACUCGCUGGAACAUGAAAACCUAGCAGCAAAGCUGAAGAGCUGGACAGCUCAUGGUGACGUCAAGCUUAUUGUCAGCUCACGACCCUGGCGGGAAUUCCACGAGAUCUUCACCUCCAACGAGCCCCUCCAUUUGCAUCAACUCAACUCCCUUGACAUU